AUGUCCUGCCAGGUCGGCGGCCGCUGGGGCUCGUCGACGGGCGUGAACAACUUCGUCUUCGCGGGCUUCGGCAUCCCGUUCGGCCUCACCUUCAUCGUCAUGUGCCAGGGCGCCGAGCUCAUCACGGCCAACUACAUGUUCUGCACCUUCGCCGUCCUCGCCGCCGAGCCCGAAGACCGCAUGCGCCAGAUCAAGGGCCUCCUCGGGAACUGGUUCGUCUGCUGGUGGGCGAACCUCGGCGGCGCCGUGCUCCACUUCGUCGUGUUCGCCUGGUCCUCGGGCCUCAUGAAGACCGUCGCCGUCGACAACGACCCCUACUCGGACCCGACGGGCUCCCUCGAGAACCUCGAGAAGCUCUGGUACGAGUCGGCGGCGUCGUUCCGCGAGGACUUCAACGGCGACUUCUGCACGCGCGGCAACUGGGGCAACGCCAACGUCUGCAAGGUCAUGAAGGUCUGCCGCGCCAAGUGCACGGCCGCGUUCACGACGUCCAUCAUCCGCGGCGCGGGCUGCAACUGGAUGGUCUGCCUCGCGAUCUGGCUCCAGAUGAUCGCGACGGAGCCCAUCUCCAAGUUCAUCAUGAUCUGGCUCCCGAUCGAGCUCUUCAUCUCCUCCGGCUUCGACCACCUCGUCGUCAACCAGUUCCUCAUCCCCGCGGGCAUCAUGACCGGCGGCCACUACCUCGACAGCCGCUGCAACUGGGGCAACGCGUUCUGGUUCAACUGGGUCCCCGUCACCCUCGGCUCCAUCAUCGGCGCCUGGUUCCUCGUCUUCCCGUUCUGGCUCAUCAACAAGGACGGCUGGUACGCGGGCCUCAAGCAGCGCGCCGCGAUCACCGAGGCCGAGACCAAGUUCGUCGACGGCAAGCGGCUCGGGUCGAUGUGUUGCGUCUGCGGCGCCAUCGUGGGUCCCGAGAAGAGCGACGCGACGGCGCGCGUCGCCGUGCGCGGCGCGGGGACGUCCAAGGCGAGCCUGCGCGUGACCGGCGCCGAGGCGUCGGUGCUGGCGGCGCAGCGGAGCCGGCAGCUCGAGGGCAAGCGGCAGCUGCAGCUCGUGCUGGACCUGGACCACACGCUCCUCGAGUGCUCGACGGACCCGCGCGCCGCGGCGCUCGCGGCCGCGCCCGGCUCGCGCGUGCGCGCGCUCGGCGCCGUCGCGGGCCGGCCGCACUGGGUGCGGCUCCGGCCGCGGCUCGAGGAGUUCUUCGCCGCCGUCGCGCCCCUCUACGAGCUCGCUAUCUACACGCACGGCAGCCGCCAGUACGCGGAGGCCGUGCGGGCCGCGCUCGAGGCCGAGGUCCCGGGCCUGAGCUUCGGGGGUCGCGUCGUGAGCCGCGACUGCUGCCCGGACCUCCGCGGCGAGAAGUCGCUGGAGCGCCUCUUCCCCGGCGGCGCGGCCCGCGCGCUCAUCCUCGACGACCGCCUCGACGUCUGGACGCGCGGCGAGGACCAGACGCCGCGCGUGCUCGUCGUCCAGCCCUACACGUACUUCGGCAAGGCGCUGGCCGACCCGGCCCACGCCGACGGCGACUCGCAGCUCUCCCACUCGGCGCGGGCCCUCGUCGCCGCGCACGCCGCCUUCUACGCCGGCGGCGGCGCAUCGGGCGACGCCGUCGCGUGCCUCGACGCCGCGCGCGGCGCGGUCUUCGCGGGCUGCGUCUUCUCGUUCUCGCCGCCGGCGGACGCGUGGACGGCGCGCCUCGCGGAGCGCUACGGCGCCGCCCUCGCCGGGGCCGCGGCCGACGCGACGCACGUCGUCGCGACGAAAGCGCCGCCGGGCCACGGCGCGGACAACGUCGUCCACCUCGACUGGUUCUGGUACUGCGAGCGGCCGCCGCCGCCGCCGCCGCCGGCCGUGCCGCCGGAGCGCCUGCGCUACGCCUGCGAGCGGCCCGUGCUCGCGGGCCCGAGCUCGCGCUACAAGGGCCGCGGCGGCCUCGGCCACGCGCUCGAGGCCGAGACGGCCGCGCUGUCCGCGCUGGGCGCCCAGGACGCGGUGCACGUGCUCGGCCUCCUCGCGCGCAAGGGCACGCCGUCCAUGAAGCAGCGCGUCGCGCUCGACCUCGCGCGGUUCUACCGCAAGGCGCUCGAGCGCGAGGCCGCGGCGACGCGGGGCGCGGCCCGCGGCGGCGCUUCCGGCGACGCCGCGGCGCCCGAGAGCGACGCGCAGACCGACGAGGCCUGGCCGGGCGCCGCGCCGCGGUCGCGGAGGACGCCCGCGGAGAUCCUGGCGAACGUCUUCGCGCGGCCUUUGGCGCGGCACAGCGCGACGCUCUUCAGCCACGCCGUGCGGGGCCUGCUGCUGCGCAAGGGCGGGCCGUCCUCCGGCGAGCUCCAGCUGCCCCUCGAGCUCUGCCACCCCUUCGGCGGCGGGCCCGACGGCCCCGCGGCGCUCUCGGCGUGGUGCGCGUACCUCGCGAACGCCGUGCGGCCGGGGACGCCGACGCGCGUCGCCUGGCACAGCCAGACCUGGGUCGACCCCUACCGGCAGCGCGGCGUCGUCACGGAGCUCUUCGACGCGGCGACGGGGCGUCCCGGCCCGUCGCCGCACUUGCGGGAGGCGCUCCACGCGCUCAAGGCCUGCGGCGUGAGCUUCGACGACGUCAUCUUCGCCGCCGAGUCCGAGGCCUGCGUCGCCGCGGAGCAGGGAAAUGGCCGCGCGGCGCCGGGCGCGCCCGACGGCGGGUCGGGCGGCCCGGCGCCGCGGUCGAAGGCGCUGCCCGGCCAGCCCUGGUCCAAGCUCGGCCACAUGAGCCGCCUCCUCUCCGUGCUCCGCGACUCCCGGGUCCGGGAGGAGGUCGCGGCGCCGCCCUGGCACCCCGGCUACGGCGCGCCGCCGCCGCCGCACCACUCGCGCCCGCCCUGCGACUUCGCGCCGCACUACGGCCAGCUCGCGCCGUUCCCGCUCGCGCACCCGCACGACCCGCGCCUCGGCCCGAUGCACGAUCCCCGGCUGAUGCACGACCCGCGGCUCAUGCACGACCCGCGCUUCGGGCCGCCGCCCCACGACCCCUUCCGCGGCGCCGCGGACGUGCUCCAGUUCCCGUCGUUCUUCCGCGAGCGGCUCAACGUCAACGCGUCCGCGCUCCGGCGCGUCGUCGGCGCCGGGUCCCUCGCCAAGCUCUUCCACGAGAACAUCGGCCUCUGGCGCCACGAGUGCGCCGUCGUCGAGCACGCGCGCGCGCGCGUCGACGCGGGCCUCGCCGCGGACGGCCGCGCGGGCGGCGACCGGCCGCUGCUCCUCUCGCUCGCGCAGGACGCGCGUCGCCCCGCGUCCGGGCGGGAGCGCGCCGCCGCGCAUUUACGACCCCCGUCGCAGGCGCGCGACCCGCCCUUCGUCGUCGAGGACGGCCACGCGCGCGCGCUCCGCUACCUCUUCAUCUGGCCGCGGACGGAGCAGUCUGUCUUCAUCUUCAUCCUCCGGCGCGGCCCGUGA